AUGGCUGCUGCCCCACCAACCCAAUCCUUGAAGUGUGUGGUGACGGGAGAUGGUGCUGUCGGAAAGACAUGUCUCCUCAUAUCAUAUACCACGAAUGCCUUCCCCGGAGAAUAUAUUCCAACUGUAUUCGACAACUAUUCCGCAAGUGUGAUGGUAGAUGGGAAACCCAUCAGCCUGGGUUUAUGGGACACGGCCGGCCAAGAAGAUUACGAUCGACUACGACCUCUCUCUUACCCUCAGACGGACGUAUUCCUGAUCUGCUUCUCCGUUGUCAGCCGCGCCUCGUUCGACAACGUGAAAGCCAAGUGGGCGCCUGAGAUUGAACACCACGCACCCGGCGUACCAAUCAUCCUGGUUGGCACCAAGCUCGAUCUGCGAGAUGAUGAGGGGACACGGGAACAAUUGAGAAAGAUGAAGCAGAGUCCAGUGUCAUAUGAGGAGGCGGUUCAGGUCGCGAAGGAAAUCAAAGCAUACAAAUAUCUCGAAUGUUCGGCUCUUACCACUCGUAAUUUGAAGAGUGUUUUUGACGAAGCAAUCCGGGCAGUCCUGAAUCCUCGUCCUACAGCAAAGAAGUCAAGUAAGAAGUGCACAAUCCUAUAA